AUGAGGCAAGAGACAGUUGUUGUGAUAGUGGGAGCAGGACCAGCAGGACUUGCAACAUCUGCAUGUCUGAAUGUUCUCUCUAUCCCAAAUAUCGUUUUGGAGAGGGAAGACUGUUAUGCCUCUUUAUGGCAAAAGAAAGCUUAUGAUCGUUUAAAGCUUCAUUUAGCCAAGAGUUUCUGUGAGCUGCCUCACAUGCCGUAUCCCGUAUCUACACCCACAUUUGUGCCUAAAAACAUGUUUGUUAAGUAUUUACAUAACUAUGUUGACAAAUUUGAGAUAGAGCCAUUGUACCAACGUAGUGUCGAGAAUGCGUGGUAUGAUGAGAAUGAAAGAAAAUGGGUCGUUAAAGCGAAAAAUGGGGUUUCGGGUUUGGUGGAAGAGUAUGUUGGGGAGUUUCUUGUGGCGGCAACAGGUGAAAACAGUGAAGGAUAUAUUCCUAGGGUUUAUGGUUUAGAUAACUUCAAAGGGUCGGUCAUGCAUUCUAUUCAAUACGAAAAUGGAAAGAAAUUCAACGGCAAAAAUGUGCUUGUUGUUGGCUCUGGAAAUUCCGGCAUGGAAAUUGCAUACGAUUUGUACAACUGGGGUGCCCAAACAUCUAUCGUCAUUCGCAGCCCUGUACAUGUGUUUACAAAGGAGAUAGUGCAACUCGGAAUGUAUUUAUUACAAUACCUACCAUGUAGUAUCGUGGACAGCAUUGUUUUAAUGUGUGGGAAGUUGUUGUAUGGAGAUCUUUCUGAAUAUGGGAUACAGAGGCCGGUCAAAGGGCCAUUUCGCAUCAAACAGGAACUUGGACGGUCACCGGUUAUUGAUGUUGGAACAAUUGGAAGGAUCAAAACAAGAGAUAUUCAGGUAAUGACGACCAUUGAAGACAUAGAUGAAAAUCAGAUCAAGUUCACGGACGGUACAGAGAAACACUUUGAUGCUAUUGUCUUUGCAACUGGUUUUAGGAGCACGGUGCGAAAAUGGCUCAAGGACGACGGAGGGUUGUUUAACGAAAAAGGAAUGCCGAUGCAUAAAAGCCCAAAUCAUUGGAAAGGGGACCAUGGCCUUUACUGUGUUGGAUUUGCAAGUGCCGGAUUGUUUGGUAUUUCAAAUGAUGCUAAGAAUAUUGCUGAUGAUAUAUUUCGGAUUGUUCGUGGGAAUUAA